AUUGUAACGUGUCAAACAAUUAAAAAUAAGUGUAAUACAAUUUGUGCGCAUCUGUGAAACAUAAUAUAGACAUUUGCCUUAUCGAUUGACUACUCUGUCGCGUGGCAACUCUGAACUGUACUUUCUGAUACAGAUAAAAAAACUAUUGACUAUUGAACUGACUAUCUAUAAUCGAGAAAUUGCGCGCUUAUUUAUUUGUGGCAUCGGUAAUCAGAUAUCAAUAAACAACCAAAAUAAGCUUAAAAAUGAACGACGGAGUGGCCAGUUCGCCAAUGGUCGUUGAGGCCAAAUACGAAGAUGUCUCGCAGCUCAAUUUUUCCAAGCUGUACUCGCCCAAAAUGAAAAGCGUCUAUUGGCGCUACUUUGGCUUUCCAUCAAACGAUAAUGACGAGGUAAUUACCAAGCAGAACGUUGUAUGCAUUAAAUGCCACAAGGUGUUGACCAAUCAUGGCAAUACCACCAAUUUGCGUGCGCAUUUGCAACAUCGGCACAAAGACUUGUUCAAGGCCCUGUGCCAGGAGAACGACAUCCAAGUGCCGCCGCGAAAAACGCCGCGUAAUCUCAAUCAUCCACCAUUGUCCAAACGUAACGUCUCCUCGCGUCGCGUUAAAUUGGAAUUCAUUAACAAUCGCAAUCAUCAUGAGAACGAUGAGGAUGAGGAUAUGGACGAGGCUGCUGUGGCCGCAGCCGCCAUGCAGGCCGAAGAUGAUAAUGCCUCGCAGACAAUGCUCUAUGAGACAAUGGUGCCUUUGACUUACGACGAUGCCGAUAAUCUGGUAGAAGAGGAGGAUCGCUCCAUAAGCAUCGAGCCGCGCGAUCUGAAGUAUGCCCGUAAACGUAAAAGUACAGCCACGCCCGGAACCAUGCAUUUUACGCGCGCAAACAUUAAGCAUGAAGAGGGAGCGGGGGGCAUGCAGGUUCGCAGCUAUAUUACCAAUUUGGCCGAAGCUAUGGCCGACAUUGUUAUACAUGAUGUGCGCAACGUGGAGACACUAUAUGACCAGGGCAUCAGCGAGUUCAUACGCCUGGCCAUGGGCAAUUUGUCAUCGCUGCCCAUGCCCCAAAAGAUUGACGCUCUGAUCACAGAGCAGCAUGCAUCGAAAUUCGUUGAAAUUGGUGAUUUUACUCGCGACUUCACGGCCGAGAAGCCCUAUUCGCUGGCCUUCGAGCAGUGGAUCAAUGUGGAGCAGCGACGAUUUCUUAGUAUCUAUCAUCACUAUUUGAGCGAUGAGACGCAGUGCGUCCGCAGCAUCAUGUACGCCACCAUAGAGUAUAACGAAUACGUCUCAUUCGAUGAAGUUCUCGCCGACUUCUAUUUGCCAAAUUGUACGCUGGCCAUAGUCAGCUAUGACGACGAGGAGGAUCUGCUGCAGACAUAUCUCAAGGAGAAGAAUAUACCCGUUGUGCUCUGCUAUGUGUCGGUGAUUGACAAAUGUCUGCGCCACGUCUUUGCGCUGGAGGAGGUGGCCACAGCAGUUGAGCAGGUGAGAGACAUCAUACAACGUCAUUCAGCUGAGAUUAGCUCGAAGGUGGCGGAGCUGCCGGCAUACAAUGAACACUUCCCCUGGACUCUGUACGAGUUGCUCAAGUUCUUUGCCGAGUCCAUAUCUUGGUCCGAAGAUAUGGAUCAGCUGGUAAUCACAGCCAAAACCGUUACCGAAGCGCUCAGUGCCCUGGUGAUUGCAUUGGACACAUUGCGCGGCGAAGAUAUGCCGCUGUGCAGCAUGUUGUCGCCGAUCACCUCAAAGAUAUUGAUCAAGAAACUGGGCAUUGCUGAGCAGGAUGAACCCCUAAUGAUGAACAUCAAACGUACGAUUGCCAGUGUGCUGCAAUCGCAGAUUAUUGCCAAUGAUACGCUGACUAGCGCUGCGCUGCUCGAUCCGCGUUUCCAUCGCCUGACCACAAUUGAUAAUCUUGACAGCUGUGUACGCAUGCUAACACAGAAAUACAAUAAGGUGUUUGGCGGCUCGAUGGGCACGGAUAGCCAGAGCGGAGAUUCGACUGAGGUGGCACCUGCAAGUGUGAGCAGUGCUCCAACCGUUACCAUUAAAACGGAGCCAAAUGUCAAGUCGGGUAGCAGCUCGGCAGCCGCAGUUGCCGCCUCGCAUAGCGCAAAGAAAUCAAAAUUGGAACUGCUGUUUGAUAUUACAGAGAUACCCAGUGCUCCGAAGCGAGAUGCCGACAGCACUGUGGAAACGGAUCUCAAGCGCUAUCGCAACGAGGUGAUUGUGCAGCUGGACGAGUCGCCCAUUGAGUGGUGGAACAAGAUGGGUCAUAUAUAUGGUACGCUGCGUGAUUUGGCUACACUCUAUCAGGGUGUACCCGGCGUAGUCAAUCUAAACUUCAAGAAGGUGCUGCGCGAACAGAUUUAUGACUACAAUAAGCGUUUUAUGCUCACUGGCAGCCAGAACCAGAUCGACGCGAUACUGUUUUUGAAUCGUAGCAGCAGCUUAAAGGACACAAUAUAUGUUUAAUAGCUUUUAA